CGAAUACUCUACGGAAUAGUACUUAGGUGUGCAGCCGGACGACCAUUCUUCUGGCGAUCGUCCAUCUCACGCAUCUACCGGUAUCCCAUGUCAACUGACUUAGCGACCUCUUUGAUACAUGUAUCCGUUUUGAAAUUCCUCCGCACCAAAAGCCGUGGGUCUGCUAAGGUCGUCGAACAUCAUUUUAACAGGUGGUGCAACUGUUGGGAAGGGCAUCAUCGAUAUCAUCGUCGUUGUUGUGGUUGUUUGCCAUUGUGAAGGAUAUUGAAUGAUAUUGAAUGAUUGUCGACCGCAAGAAGCAAUAAUACCCUGACCGUCUGUGUUAAGUGUUAGCUAUAGGUCGACCGCUUCAUUUUUUCUGGCGAUCAUUGGGAAGCACAUACAGGUUGUCAUACGAUUUACUAGUAGAAGAACAUUAGAUUGGUCCAGGUUUUCUGCCUUUGAAUCAUGCUCUCCUGGGUAUCGGAUAGUAUCCACAAGACGCAACAACACAAGCCUCCUUUGUGGUACGAGAGUGAGAUUCGAUUCGGCCUAUGCGACAGGCAGCAGCGCAAAGACAAGAAGGGCGCGCCAAAGCGACAGAAUGCCAGCAAUGGGUUAAUACCCAAGCUAGUACGAAGGGCCUUCGAAGCCGCUACGCACAAUAACACGGGCCACAAUGGGAGUUUUCCCACGCCGGAAGCACCGUUGCGGCCUAUUGAUGUGGCGGAAGAGACUGCCUUUGAAGCAUGUGAUUCCGUCAGUCUGAGCGGCCAAUCUCAAACCUCCUUAUCUUGUCAUACCAACCUAUCCUACAACAUGUCUAGAAUUGAUGAAGAUGAUGGGGCCACUAGCACCAUUAAUCCGGAACUGAGCUUUGCAGAUUCCAUGCUACCGUCGCCGAGCAAUUCAGAAGCCGAUUCCUUGUUUGGGAUACCCAUACGAGAAAUGGCCCAGGCUGACGCAAACCAAGAAAAAGAUAGAGAUGACGUAUGGUUAUUAUCUACAAAGGGCACUGACGAUAUAGAAGCUAGUCUGCAACAACAUGGUCAUGACGUCAAGUCUCCAACUGGUAGCAUCCUCAAUCGUGUGCCUGUCCUUGUGGUGCCAGGGACGGAUCGGCAAGAGUCAAGCGACAAUCCUCUUGUAGCUAUUAUAUGGGCUGGAGAUUCCAAUGUCGAAGACGAGGAAGAAAUCCAGUUUGGCGACAAUAGUUUCUUGAUUGAAGACUUGCAAGCACCCUUGUCGUCACCGACAGCUCGCUGUAUCCGAGACUUCGAUGAGAACCGCAACAACGGCAACAUUACCACUAGAUUCACCUUUGGCAGGAAAAGUGCACAAUUGAUUGGAAGGAACCUCAAAGAUCUCAUGUGGAGCCACAGCAACGAUGGAAAACGGAGAGGAGGGAAAGGUCACAGUAGAAAGUCUCAAGCGACAAGAUUAUCCGGUCACAGAAAGAAGAGGAAACAACCUAGUCCGCGGCAAUCCUCACGGAUUCGUCUGCAUUGUGAAGAUCCGCUCCAGGAACUAUCCAGGUGUCAUGAGAAAAUGUCAGCAGGCGGAAGACCCUUCUCGCCAAAGAACGCAUUGAACCGUGUGCGAGAUUGGAAGCGACGAGAUCCCGACUCGUCGUCCACCAGCCCUUGUGGAGAGUGCAGCAGCAAGUAUGUUCUGCAUCCCCUUGAUUCAAUGCAAUCUGAGCUGUCCACCCCUUCUGCACUUUCGUCUCCAAGAAUCCUAAACACCUUCAGCGAGAUUACAGCUUCGGAGAAGAACGAUGACGAUGAUCAGCACACGAGUACAAGAAUCCAAAAUACCUUCAGCGAGAUUACUGCGUCUGAGAAGGAUGACGACGACCAGCAAACGAGGAGUGACCUGAGCUCUCCAUCCAUUGAAAACAGCAGCCUCAGCAUAACAUCGACGCAAAAGUCCAAAGAGUGGGAACUCGCCGUAGCACCCACCACCACAUCCACCGGUACCUUUAAGAUAAAGUUCCGAAGCCCCAGAAAUGAUACUCCACGUAUCAUGUUGGGGGACAAGAACGACGCCGAAGCAUCUGACGAACCGAGAGUGCUCUAUUCAUCAGAAGGCAACGUGGAGGCCAUCAUCCACCCGAAAGAGCCAGUCCGACAAGAAGAAGCACCACCACAGGCACAGGCACAACCAGAGCAAGAACACGAACACGAACACGAACAACCACUAAUACAAGAUGGCCACUUGUGUUUUCGAGGUUUCUUCCCCAGCGCUGAUCCACUCAACUCAUCACUCAACCACGUUUUCCACAGUGAGUUGUCUACACUCUACGAAGUUUCAUCCUCACUAGAAUCUGCGUCCUUUGGCAACUAUUCUAGUGCGGGAUCAGAGGAGUCAGCUUCAAAAUGUGCUGCUCAUGAUCCAGCAAGACUUCGAACAAUGUCCUCGUCCACAUCAUCAGACAGUACUUCCAAGCAUUAUUUGGCGCAUCAGAACCACAUUGUUGGAAAGGAUGCCUCAUCAACUACAGCUGUUGCGCAUGUUGAUGGGGCGGAAGAUACAAGAUCUUCUAGCAGUGUCAGCGGAGCGACACUUGACCGGUACUACACAGACGAUUGCGAGGUCAAAAUGAGGUGGGAGUAUUCGUUAGGUAUGGCCGUUAGUAUGGACGCCGCGGAUCAAUGGAGACAGCCCGUCAUGGGACUCAUGAAUACGGAGGAGCUAUCAAAUGACUACAUUGCCGAGAUCUAGCUAGCUAUAAUCAAUUGAUUUAGCCUUGAGAAUGUUGUUCGAGCCAUAAUACAAAAGAAGAAACACAUGUUGGAGAGCUUCAGUUUAGCGAGCUCCAAGU